AUGAAACAUCAAAAUUCUGAGAAAAAUGGCGAGACUCAUUCAAUUCCUUCAAAUAUAAAUUCAAUGGAUCAACGACAAAUAAAUUCUGAAAUUCAACGAUUCGAAUCCGUCCAUCCCUGCAUUUACCGAAUUUAUGAUUUGAUUGGAAAAAUAGAGAACAAACACGUUGGGGAUCUCGUCAGACAACAAGUAAUGAAUAUUGAAAAUGCUUUUGUUAACAGUCAAGAAUGGACGCUUGGACGGUCUAUUAACGAGAUUAAAUUGGGCGUCCUAGGCUCUGAUAAUUCCUUCAAAAAUUCGUUGAUUCAUCACUUUCUCACACAAAAUUGGAAUUGGAAUGAUGCCCCAGAGGGAGGUCGAUUUAAAAAAGAGGUGGAGGUUGAUGGUCAAAGCCACCUUUUAUUGAUUAGGGACGAAGGAACUCGAGAACCAAAUUUUUUACAGUUUUCCAAAUGGAUGGAUGCCCUUCUUAUUGUGUUUUCCCUCGAAAAUCGGAAGACAUUUCAAGAUGCUUUGAAAUCACUGGAUUUGGUAAAUAAUCAUCGUUCGCUGGAUGAGGAGAAUGUCCCUAUUUUUCUUGUUGGAAUGAAGAACAUGUGCAGAACAAAUUUUCAACGUGCAGUCACAGAGGAUGAAGCAUAUCACACCGCAAGGAUUCGUAAAAUGCGUGGAUAUUUUGAGUGUUUGGACGAAAAUGAUGUUCAUCCCGUCUUCAAUAAUAUUUGUAAUUUUGUGGCUCAACAGAUGAACACUAGUAAGUGUUGCUCUUCUUCAUCCUACCGAGGAAAUCAAAACUGUGGAAAUGUUGCCAUUCCAGUUAUUCCUGUAGAUAGUGCAAUGCCUUCAACUUCUUUUCCUUUGCCCAUUCCACCUACAAAUUAUCGUCAUCAACGAUCAAUUUCCGUUAUGCCAAUCAACAAUAAUGCACAUCCUUCCUUUACCUCUUCAUAUUCCUCUCAUAACAACAACAUGUUCCAAUUAGAUCGUCCUCCACGUUAUGAAGAAAUUUCUACAAAACAACAUGGCUUUCCUUCACCUAACAUUCUUCACAACAACCAAUCCUAUUCCUUUGCUGAAACUCCUAUAAAUUUUGAUUCAUUUUCCUUAACAGAACAUGAACGUUGUGAUAGAAGAUUUUUACUCAGCGAGCAACAGCGUUACCCACAUUUUGGUGUAGAGCAGCAACAAUCAAACAUCUUUCCUGCCUUUAGCCAUUGCAGUCUUGUAGAUUCUUCACAUUGUCAAAUACCUGCAAAUCAAUUAAGUUCAGCUCCCUAUACCCGCUCUUCUUCCAACAUGCUUCAUCAAAAUUGUUUUCAUCAUCACCGUCCAUGUAGCGAUCCUAACGGUUCCCAAUCUCCCAAUAAUAAAUUUGAAGCAGAACAAAUUAUGGAUUCACGCAGACGACAACAACAACAACAAUCGAUUUUUCCCCAAACACUUUCAGCUGCCUCUUCAUGUACUUUGGCUGUAAAUAAUAAUAAUGGUUUAGUUGGAAAUCCAACACCUGGAAGUACACCAAAAAUUGAAAGAAAAAGUAAACGGAUUUCAAAUAUUUUUCGAAAAGAACAUGUCCCCUCUUCAGAAGAAAGAAAAAAAGAAAUUGUUGCUGAAAAAAAUUUGGGUGUUGGAAGGGCUAUUCCACUCAAGCAAGGGCAAUUGUAUAAACGUUCAAAAAAUGGGUUAAAUAAAGAAUGGAAGAAGAAAUUUGUUUGUCUAUAUUCUGAUGGACGUUUAUGUUAUCACCAAAAUAUGAAGGAAUAUAAGGAAAAAGAGUCUCGUGGAAAAGAAAUUUAUUUGGGCCUUGCAACAGUUCGAACUUCAGAUAGGCAUAAACAAAAAGGAAAUCGAAAUUCUUUGCUUCCCCAAGAGAUUAAUCGACAACAAAACAACCGCCAACCUUGUAACAAUCCAAAUGUGUUUCCCUAUGAAUUUGAGGAUAAUCUAAAAUCGCCAACUGGAGAAAAUUCUGAAGGAAUAACUGAUGGCGCUGAAAAUGAAAAUUGUGUUGGUGGAAUGGUUACUUCAACAAGUUCAAGUGUUUUAAUUUCUGGUGGUGGUAGUGGCUUUGAUAGAGAUGGUGGUGGUAAAAAUAUUGAAAAGAAAGAAAGUCAUAAAGAAAAGAAGAAGAAAGCUAAAAGGAUUGGAAGUGGAUUAAAAAAUGAUGAAGAUGAAGAAUGCUGUGAAUUUGAAAUUGUUUCAUGUGAUCAAAAAAGCUGGGAAUUUAGUGCUUCUAGUGUUGAAGAACGUGAUGCUUGGGUAUCCGUCAUAGAACGUGAAAUUGAAAGGUGUUUACAACAAAAACUUUCAUUGAAAGAUCAACAACAAUUGAGCGACCAAAGAAACGGCCAUAAUGGUGAUAAUAAAGCACGUGAUAAUUCAGUUAAAGAAGCAACAGAAAAUAGAAGGGCAGAAAUUCAAGCAUUGAGACAAAUUGAUGGAAAUGAAAAAUGUGCAGAUUGUAAUUCUUUAAAUCCAGAUUGGGCUUCAAUAAAUUUGGGAAUACUUAUUUGUAUUGAAUGUUCUGGAAUUCAUAGAAAAUUGGGGUCACAUAUUAGCAGAGUUAGGUCUUUGGAACUUGAUGAUUGGCCAUUUGAACACAUAGUUGUGAUGCAAUCAAUUGGGAAUACUUUGGCAAAAAAAAUAUGGGAAUAUAAUGCCUCACCAGCUUCAACUGUUGAUAUGAAUAGCAGAGAACAAAAAGAAAGAUGGAUUCAAAUGAAAUAUGUUGAAAAAUUAUUUCUUCCACCCUUGUCAAACGAUAAAACACCAAUUCAACAAUUAGUGGAUGCUGUGCUUUCUAGAAAUGUAUUUAAUUUGUUGACAAUUCUGCCACGGUUAAAUAAGAAUGAUAUCAAUGCCCCAAUUAGUGGAAGUAAUGAUAAAAGAACUGUAGUGCAUUUGGCUUGUGGAAUUGGUGCACCAGAAAUUUUACAAUUACUUAUUUGGUCCAAUGCUUGUAUCACUACACUUGAUGAUCAAGGCCGUUCAGCACUUUGGCAUGCUCAAUUGAAUGGAUCCGUUGAUUGUAUAUCUAUUUUAACACGUGCAGGACUAAGAGAAAAUGAUUGUGAAUCUGUUACAAAGGAAAACAAAAGUAGGUGA